UGUGCCUGAAUAUUUGCCGUGUGUUAUCUUAUAGGCACACGGCAAAUAGCAUGUUUGCAGUGUGCCCGACAUAGUACACACGGUAAAAGUUGAAGCACACGGUAAACAACGGGUUUCCGGUAGUGCGGACUGCCUCGUCGCCGACGCGUGUGGCUCGUGGACGGUGGGCGUCGCGCGGCGGCUCGGCGUCCCGCGGCUGAUCCUCCCCGUCACGUCCGCGGUCUAUCUCCUCGCCACGCACAACCUGGUCACACACGGCACGUACGACCGCGCUGAAGACGACUUCGAGCCGUUUGAGGUGCCGGACUUCCCGGUGCGCGUGGUUGUCAACCGGGCGGCGUCGCUCGGCUUGCCGCACAUGGAGAAGAACCAGCGGGAGAUGAUCGAAGCCAUGGCCACCGCCAGUGGCGUAUUCAUCAACACGUGCAUGGACUUGGAGGGCGCGUUGAUUGAGCGCUACGCGGAGGCGAUCAGCUGCAAGGUAUGGGCAGUCGGCCCGCUCUGCCUCCUCAACACCGACGCCGCCGCCGGUACGAUGGCGGGUAGGGAAAACCGUGCGGCCAUGGAUGCCGAGCACAUCGCGUCCUGGCUCGACGCGCGGCCACCGGCGUCUGUGCUCUACGUAAACUUCGGUAGCAUGGCCCGCCUGUUCCCGCCGCAGGUUGCCGAGCUCGCCGCCGGCCUGGAAUCAUCCCGCCGGCCGUUCAUCUGGGUAGUCAAAGAGACAGAGACUGCCGGCAUCGACGCUGAGUAUGAGGCCCGUGUCAAGGACCGGGGCCUGAUCAUCUGCGGGUGGGCGCCACAGAUGACGAUCCUGUCGCACCCAUCCGUGGGUGCCUUCCUGACGCACUGCGGGUGGAACUCAGUGGUGGAGGCUGUCUCCCACGGCCUGCCGCUGCUGACCUGGCCACACUUUCAUGACCAGUUCCUGAUCGAGGCGCUGGUCGUUGACGUGCUAGGAGUCGGUGUCCGUGUUGGCGUGGAGGUGCCAACCACGCACAUAGGGCUCGUGAAGCCCGGGCAGCUGCUGGAGGUGCAAGCCGGGAGGGACCCCGUGGAGAGGGCGGUGGCCGAGGUGAUGGACGAGGGGCUAGCCGGCGCAGCGCGUCGGGCUAGGGCGAAGGAGCUUGGGGAUAAGGUGAGGGUCACGGCUGAGGACGGGUCGCGGGACACUAACGUCAAGAACAUGAUCGGCCAUGUCAUGAAGCUUGUGUGCAAGAGCGAGGAGAAGAAGAUGGAUGACGCAAAUUAAACGGCAAGCUCCGAGUGGUGUAAGAGUAAAGUCCCUUGAAUUACGCAAAUAAAUAUACUUCAGAAUUAAUGUAUUCAGCAAACUUUUACAUUCAAACUUGGUAAACUAGGGAGGUGUCCCGCGCAAAUAGCACCGGUAGCUAGUAUUUUCAUUA